ACACACACACACCCACACACACUCUCACACUCUCCCGCCGAGCUGUCACCGCACCGCGCUGCUCCGUCUCCGCGUACUUUACGCACCGCGUCGCCUUCUGCGUCCAGCUGUGCGCACAUCUGAGCUCCGACCAGCGCCGAGGCUGAACUCUUUAAGGAGGAACACAGAGAGGAAUAUGGCUUCUGAAACGACGCAGAUUAUGAACCUGUCGGAGGAACAGGUCAAACUGCUGGAGGAGAAUUUUACCAAAGUCACCAGAAAUCCGGACGAGACGACGCUCAUGUUGAUCGCAGCGGAGUGCGGACUGUCAGAGGAGGAAACAACAAAAUGGUUCAAGCUACGUAACGCACAGUGGAGGAAGAAGGAGGGUCUUCCGGCUGAAGGGGGAUCGGUGUGGGACUAAAAUUUCCUGACCACCUUCUGGAUGACUCCUUGCUGACCUUAUUCUUCCUGGAUGAACUGAUCCUUAUACUUCCCUCUCCACCUGUCCCCUUUUUGUAUCUUACGAAGUUAUUUUAUCUUGCAGAAUGUGAAACUGUGUGUGUGUGCUGUUGCCUGUAUAAUCGCCAUGUUUACAGAAAUAAACAUAUUGUUAUUGUAAGUUAAAAUGAC